CUGAAAAAAAAAAAGACAAAAGCAGAGGAACCGAAGUUUAAGCUAACACCGAGAAAGGAUCCGUCUCUCCGACGACAAAUCAGACCACCUGCGACCUAGAACGACACAAGGAGACAUAGAGAAAAUGGGUUUCUUCUCUUUUCUUGGAAGAGUUCUCUUCGCUUCUUUAUUCAUCCUCUCCGCUUGGCAAAUGUUCAAUGACUUUGGAACUGACGGUGGUCCAGCAGCUAAAGAGUUAGCUCCAAAGCUUGAUCUGACCAAAGCACAUCUCUCUUCCAUAUUGGGAGUAUCAUUGCCCAACUUAGAGGUGAAACAAGUCGUGUGGGCUAUUGUUGCUCUGAAAGGCCUAGGAGGCUUACUCUUUGUUAUCGGCAACAUCUUUGGUGCCUAUCUUCUGGCUGUCUACUUGGUGGUUGUCAGUCCCAUUUUAUAUGAUUUCUACAACUAUGGACCCGAGGACCGCCAAUUCUCUCUUCUAUUGACUGAAUUCUUGCAGAGUGUUGCGCUUCUCGGGGCAUUGCUAUUUUUCAUCGGAAUGAAGAAUUCAACAACGAGCUCCAAGAGGAUUCUGAAGAAGAGGACUCCCAAGCCUAAAGCUGCUUAGAGUUCUUCUCUUCUCCUCCACACACAAAGGCAGGUAGGCUUCAGAAGAGCUUCUGAUGUCUCCAAGCAUUACCUUUGUCAUUCUUCCUUACAACUUUUGGUUCCUUAUCUAUUGUAGGAUUCUAGAAUUAGCCACAUUUUGUAUUUUAUCAAUUAGUUUUUAUAUGAUUUUGGGAUUUAAGCCGUUUUCUUUUGUUGGAUCAUAUUAUUUUUUUCAGUGAUUUUUAAAAAUUGGUCCGAGAAGGUUUUUCUGGGGUUAUGAAUUAGAACCGUUAGUUAGAUUCGUUAAGUUUCAUUUUUUUCUUGUUGUAAAAUAGAUAUAAUUAUUUUACUUCAAACCUAUUUUUUUAAUAUUCAGGUUUAUGCUGUCCAAUAAGCUUAUCGGAUACCUCAAACAUGCAAUUACUAUUUGUAAAAAAAAUCAUAUACAUGGUUAAAAAU